AUCUUUUUAUUUGGGGUUUGCCGACGUUUUUUGUGGGCACCCUGAGAAACAACAUGAAGGAUUAUUAUUAAUGCAUGGGACAAUUCUGUCUGCCUAAACAAAACCUGAUUCUCAAACCUGUUUCUCAGGAGUUCUUCCCCCGCCUAAUUUUCUUUUCUAUACUGCUUUUUUAAAAAUCCUUAAAGAUGUGGACCUUCCUGGGAAUAGCCAGCCUCACGUACCUUUACAAGAAAUCCAACACAGUGUUAUCUUACGCUCACAAAGAUCUCGUGAUGGCGGCAGCUCUGUUCCUGGCCGUCGGGCUGCUGCUGGCGUAUGUCAGGUAUUUCCACAGCCACACACUCAGAGUCUCUCAGGUGUUGCAUUUCCCUCUGAGACUGCUGUCCUGUGUGCCUCUUAUCAACCAUGUAGUCCCUCAAACUUCAACACAGAGCAGCGAGAAAGCAGAAAACAACUUAAAAAAGAGCCGCAGAACAAGGAGAAGAGUAGAAGCAGAAGCGUCCUCUGCGUCACAGAGUGCCUCAGAGAGUGGCUCCUCAGGGGCCCCGGAGCCAGAUGUGGUGAUAGUCGGUGCCGGGGUCCUGGGCUCAGCUAUGGCAGCCGUCUUAGCCAAGGACGGACGGAGGGUGACGGUGGUGGAGAGGGACCUGAAGGAGCCGGACAGGAUAGUGGGGGAGCUGCUGCAGCCCGGAGGAUUGAGGGCCCUCAGAGAGCUGGGCCUCGAGGGCUCGGUGGAGGGUCUGGACGCCCACCAGAUCAACGGCUAUGUGAUCCACGACAUGGAGAGCAGCACAGAGGUGGAGAUCCCCUACCCCCAGGGGAAGGACAGCAUCCACUGUGGACGAGCCUUCCAUCAUGGCCGCUUCAUCAUGGGCCUGAGGAGGAGCGCCAUGGCCCAGCCAAAUGUGACAAUGUUAGAAGGCACCGUGACCACUCUGCUGGAAGAGGACGGCUGUGUAACUGGAGUCCAGUUCAGAGAUAAAGAAACCGGAGACAUCAAGGAGAUCCACGCAGGACUGACUGUGGUGGCCGAUGGCUGCUUCUCCAAAUUCAGAAAGAGUCUGGUCGCUGCGAAAGCUCAAACCUCCUCUCACUUUGUGGGAUGUCUUAUGAAGGACUGUCCCCAGUUUAAAGCCCACCAUGCUGAGCUGGUGCUGGCCAACCCGAGCCCGGUGCUGGUCUACCAGAUCUCCUCCUCAGACACCAGGGUGCUGGUGGACAUCAGGGGGGAGAUGCCCCGCAACCUCUCAGAGUACAUGGCUGAGAACAUAUACCCUCAGCUGCCAGAGCACUUAAAGGAGCCUUUCAUGGUGGCACUACAGAACGACCGCCUCAGGUCCAUGCCUGCCAGCUUCCUGCCUCCCUCUCCUGUCAACAAGCCAGGCGUUCUUCUCCUGGGCGACGCUUACAACAUGAGGCACCCUCUGACGGGGGGGGGGAUGAGCGUUGCUCUUAACGACGUUCGCAUCUGGAGGAGUCUGCUCGGCAACAUCCCAGAUCUGUAUGACGACAAGGCAAUGCUGCAGGCAAAAAAAACAUUCCACUGGGAACGCAAGUCAUCACAUUCUUUCGUGGUGAAUGUGUUGGCCCAGGCCCUGUAUGAGCUGUUUGCAGCCACAAACGAAUCUCUUCAUGAGCUGAGAAGAGCCUGCUUCCACUACUUCAAGCUUGGUGGAGAGUGCAUUAACGGGCCUAUCGGAUUCCUUUCUGUGUUGACACCUAAACCCAUGAACCUUCUUGGACACUUCUUCGCCGUGGCGAUGUACGCAAUCUACUUCAACUUCAAGACAGAGCCGUGGAGCACCAAACCUCGAGCUAUAUUCAAGAGCGGAGCCAUCCUGUACCGAGCCUGCACCGUCAUGUUUCCUCUCAUCUACUCUGAACUCAAGUACCUGGUGUACUGAGCAGCUGUGCGUCCUCACACAGACACCACACUCUGAGUGUUUCUCAAUCGCGAGUAAAGCUGCUUCAGAGCCACUAUUUCAAGCAUACUACGUCAUCGAGUGCCGCCGAAGUACUGUUCCAAUCUCCAGCAUACUUGGAAAUCU